AUAUAUCGAUAAUCGAUAUUUUUUUCCGGAUAUCAAAUUCGAUUUCUUUUUAUAAGCUCCUGUUCGACUUCAGUUCUCGAUUAGGGCCGCGUUUAAAAACCAAGUCAAUUAUUACCAGACAGUAGUUUGUUUCAGUCACACAUUAAUGUUUUGCAUAAAGUUAUCCUUCACUUUACCCUUUACCGAGGGAAUUUAACUUGCUUUGCUUGCGAACGCGACCUAAAAAGAGAGCAAUGAAUGAAUGAGUAAAUCGGCUGUAUAGUUUCUGCUCCCUUUGCUUGCCUAUAAGUUUUAUAACAUAAAUGACUAAAAUUUAUUGACUUGUUUGACAAGACAAUUUGAACUUAAACUUUAUCCAACGGGCGGUUGACGGUUGUGAAUAUAAUUGUAUUGGUUUUGUUUUUGCCAUCCACAUCCAUCAGCAAUGUCGGCAGUGUGGAAAUUCUUUAAAAAAAAGGAUAACCAAGAACCCGUGACGUGCAAUUUGUGCAACAAGUCAUAUAAAACAUGCGGGAAUACCACAAAUUUAGCUACCCAUCUCAAAGUAAAACACCAUUUUGCUUAUUUGCAAUUACUUAACAUGCAGAAGUCAACAAAAUCUGGCAAUGAGAAUGAACCAGAACCCGAAGAUGCUAUGUCGGUAGACAAUGAGAACAGUAGUAACAGUGUAGAUGUGGUGCCAAGUACAAGUACAAAAGAAAUGACAGAUUAUCUAGCAUCUACCGAGUCCGAGACUCAGUUCUCCAUAAAAAAAAGAAAGCAGCCCACUUUACUCAAUGUUUUGGGAAGAGGAUUAAGUCUCGAAGAAGGUAGACAAAAGCAUAGUGAACUUACACAGGCAUUAAUUAACAUGAUAUGCAAGGACAAUUUAGCACUAUCAUGUGUUGAAAAAAAAGGCUUACAAAAAUUUUGUCGAACCGCUUGUCCUCUUUAUAAACUGCCCUGUAGAAAAAAGGUAACACAGUUGAUAAAAAACAGAUGUGACAUACUCACAAUUACUAAUUCUACAAGGAGUUUUCUAGUAGUGACGGUUCACUUCAUUGACACCUUAAAUGGAUCGCCUGUUCUUCAAAAUAUAAAUCUAUGAGCAC